GAACUCACCGUGGAGCAGCAUCGACCGAAACUUGGAGAAGUGCGCGCACCGAGACACCGCGCACCGACACACCGGAGUUUAAGUGUUGCCAUGGAGAAUGGGGGCCGCCUCCCCUCCUCCUCCUCCACGUCGUCCGUCUCCUCCGUGUCCAUGCUGGAGGUCAAGGCCGAGACCCGACUGGUGCUUCAGGCUUUUCUGCACCGCACCGCCAACAUCCCCCUGACAGAGCGCCCCGGCAGGGUGGGAGGAGCCUACCGCAACCACAACAAGCACAGAUACUGUUCUAAAGACAGGGAGGGCUGGGACUCUCAGAACGAGGAUCUCAGCUCAGGAGAUGAGAGGAAGAACGGUUUCAUGGGUUUCAUCAAACUGCCACAACGGAGCAGCCGCUCCCCCCGAGCCAAACGCACCCAGCAGAGGGAGCCCGAGGAUGAGCUGGUCUCUCCUCAGCUCUCAUCAGAUGAAGAAGACUCCGAGAAGAAGAAGAAGCUGAACACAAAGAAGAUCAAACAGCAACUGUCCAAGUUUUUCAAGAAGAGACUGGACAAGGAGAAAGACAAAGAGAAGGACAAGCAGAAGGACAAAGAGAAUUACAAAGAGAAGGACAAAGAGAAGGAGAAGCAGAAGGACAAAGAGAAGGAGAAGCAGAAGGACAAAGAGAAGGAGCCAUCCUCUCCUCCUCCUCCUCCUCCCCCUACCCGGCCCAGCACCCUGCCUCUGGGCCCCCCUGUGAACCCAGAGACCGCCCCAGUGAUCAUCUCCCCCAGCCAUCCUCCGGAGUUCUACGAGGAGGUAGCUGAGCGUCUGGAGCAGAUUGCGUACAGGAGCUCCAGCAUCAGGAGGACAUACCCCAAACCCCACAUACGUCACCCCAGCCCCCCUCCAAGAGUGCCGUCUCCAGUGUACGACAAAGACAAGAUGGUGCAGAGGCUGGUGGAACUCCUCACUCUGGAGGGAGACGCCAUCAACAAUAAGAUUGAGUCGGACCCGUUCCUGCGUGCCGGCCUGUCCCGUCUGUCCUACGGAUCCUUCGCCCGCCUCCAGGACGCCGUCAUCAAUGACCCCAGGGUAUGUGAGGUGCCGGCCCCGCCCCCUGACGCUAGCCCCACCCUGCGCCGCAUCGCCAUCUCCAUGGAGGUGUCCCGCCACAUCGUCACAGCAACGGGGACCCAGCGCUUGCAGGGCUAUGCCGAGUGCUACAUGGAGAACUUCGCCCCCUGGGUCAAGCGUCAGGGAGGAUGGGAGAACGUGGUGGACCUGGAGGAUGAGUUUGACUGACCCUCACAGGAGCAGAGCGCACACUGGAGCUCUGAAGUCUGUGUGAACUAUAAGAAGACACGCCGAUGAACAAUAUGAAAGUAUUAUACACUUUUUGGAUUUGUUUUUUAAACAGAAGUAUUGUAUAGUGCAGUCUGUUUACAGGUGUUUCACACAGUGACUCUCUCAGGCUGCUGUCUGCCUACAACACUUUUACUGUGCACAUGAUGUUACUGUAAAAGACUUUAUUUAUUAGUUUUACUGCGGGGAGAUAGUACUGUGUAAAGUACAGUACAAUGAUGUCUGACACACGUGAUGUUACUGUUUACUGUCGAAAAACAAACUCGAGCUGCUAGUACAUGAUAUUCUCUAUUGGAUAUUCCACUACACAUCCUAGAUGACCUUAUUUUCUGAUCUGUGUUCUAAUGUUGUUUUCUCUUCACAAACAGACCUGGACUUGUGCUUUUUCAUUCUCACAUGUUUAACACAGAAAUCCUGCAGGUUUAGGCUGAGUUCUACUGUUUCACCCUGUGAUGUCAUGUGGUAAUGCAAGAUGUGCUCCACUGUGUUUUUAAACCACAUACACCUUCAGUAGAUUCAUUUGGAUGAUUUCACCCUUGGAAUUACCAAACUCUACUCUUCUACUAAAGGUAAAAGGAGCUGUUACCACGAAAACUACCACUUCAUGACAUCACAAGGUUGAAAAGACCAUUUUGAGCUUUGGAGAUGUAGACAGACUAAUAAUAAAGGAUAAAUAUAGCCGCAAGCGGCAAUGAUCGGUGCUUGCGCCGCAGCCCGCAAACGCCGCAGCCCGCAAACGCUGUGCCCCGCAAACGCCACACCUCACACUGACCGUAAUAACCCUAAGCUUAAACCUUACCCUAAUCGUAAUCCUAACCAUAGCCCCAACCCUAGCCCUAUAAAUCUUAAUUUAACCCUGCAAUUUUCAAAAUUUGGCAAAAGAAAAUAUCCAAGAUGGCAGACUUCCGGUUUGUAAAGGGGCAUGGUCACAAUAUACAUUUUUGUUCUUAUUGCCAUGAUGCAUCUGGAUACCAAAUUUGGUUUGGCUACGCCAACGUUUGUGUCAGGACGUCCCAUUGGCAAGGAUACAAUUUUGGCUUGUUGCCAUGGCAACACAAUGUAAAUGGGGUGUGAGCAUCAUUGAGUUUUUUAAUCGAGACCAUGUCACAAAUGUGGGUGCCAAAUGUUGUAUAUCUGUGACAAAUAAAACUUUAUUUUUACAUACAAAUUUUCUAGGGGGCGCUAUUGCACCCAUUUUUGUAUUUUCUUACAUCAAUCUGUUCAGGGUCGAGGUGUGAACCCACGAUUAAAAAUUGAGUGAAAUCAGCCAAAGUUUGUGCAAAUUAUCAGGCGUCGAAGUUUGAUGGUGAGCCCCAAAAACAAACCCGAAAUUUGCACCGUUGCCACGGCAACACCGUUUGACCUUUUAAAACGCUUUUAACAAAUUUUAAUGUCACACUUGUCUAGAUGAUACAGAAUGAUUCUGGUGAAUCUGGGUCAAACGCCCGAGGACGAGUUCGUUCAAAUAUGAGGACAGGAAUUUGUGCCUUCGUCGCCAUGUCGCCCGAUCAAUCCAAUAUGGCCGACUUCCUGUUGGUUGCCUAGCAACCACGUAAUAUACUUUUUUGUUCCUAUUGCCAUGAUGCAUCUGUGUACCAAAUUUGGUUUAGCUACGCCAAAGUUUUUGUUGGGCGUCCUAUUGGCGAGGUCAGACGUUUAGCCUGUCACCAUGGCAACACGAUGGGGAAAUGGCAUGGGGUCGUCCUAGACUUUUUUGAUCGAGACCAUGUCAUGAAUCUGUGCACCAAAUUUUAUAUGUCUACGACAAAGUAAAUUUUGGCACUACCGUGCAAUUUCCCUAGGAGGCGCUAUUGCAAACAUCUGAGAUUUUCUUAUAUAAAUCUGUUCAGGGUCGGGGUGUGAACCCGCGAUUAAAAUUUGAAUGAAAUCGGCCAAAGUUUGUGCCAGAAUUUGUAGAUUUUACCAAUGGAGAGUUCAUGUCAUCGCUAUGGCAACGCCAUAAAAAAUAUGACAUGGGUGUCACUGACUUUUUGAUCAGGAUGCCAAAAUGGAAUUUUGUGCCAAAUUUCAGAAACUUUUGAACAACUAUUUGGAAACAAAUGAUUUUCUCACAUAUUAAAUUUUGUUUCAAUCUAUAGGGGGCGCUAAUGCGCCAAAUGAAUAAUUUUCACAUGAAAAUAGCCAAAAGUUAGAGAAGCGCGAAUUUUACCAGAUGGCAAAAUGUCAGGACUUUUCGUCAUUGUUCAGUGGGUGAAAAAUGGGUGAGUUGGUUAGGAGAAUAACCAACCGAUACGAGAACAAUGUUCCGCCUUUUUUUGGCUGACAAACUAUACAUUUUCGGAAACCUCUGGUGCAUUGCUACGUGAUGGCGAGGGUCCCUGGUCACUACGGGCAAAUCACAUUGUGCCAUUUCAUUUUUUGGCCACUCGGAGCAUCGCUUUGCGAUACUAAUAGGCCCUUCGCCAGCCUCUGGCGCUCGGGCCUAAUAAAGGAUUACUCAAACAUGUGUGAAUGAAACAAAACACAACUCCAGGUCUGUUUUUGAGGAGGGAACAACAUUAUAAUAUUGCUUAAAGCUCACAACAGUCCUUCAGCGAGGUACUCCCUGGGGGCUGCUCCUGACAGAUAACCCAGGCACACUACUGUAGGACAUGCCAAAUGUAGCAGACAGUACAAUGCACCUUAAACUUGAAUGUUUGUUUAAAUGUUUGUACCAUACACUCAUGUACUGGAGCCUUUAUUGAAAACACAGGUUCAUAUAAAGUACAUUUACAUAUUUACAUGGACAGAGGAAAGGUUUACCCAAAGAACCAGGAUGAGACUUCAGUUCUGUUCUUUCAUCCAAUGCUGUAGCUGCACUGAAAAAACACUUUAUGGGAAAUGUUCAGUGGAAUCUUUGUAAUGUUAUAAUUAUGAUUUUAUACUUUGAUUAUACUGUGUAUCUAUGACUUUCCACUGAGUGCUCAGGAAACAUUUGUGUCUGUGAGUGAUGGUGCGGAGCUCUGUAGUCCAGACAGGUCCACGUGAAGUCCGGAUUGGGUCCAGGGUUAGUCCAGGUCCUUCUUGGCACAGCCGUAGACUAUACUAAGUAGUCUAAAGGUGUGUGACAUCACCCACGACGUUUGUCUUCAGCCAAAUGAAGCUCAUCAAGGCUUGCAGUUAUAGGGGCGAAUUUGGAGUUGAGUUCCAUAUUUGGAAUUCUGAUCUUGAGUAUCAUAGCAACCAAAAGGCCAAUCAGGAGUGAGGCUGUUGAAGGUAACACCCCUUCCUGCUCGUACUGCUGGAUUGGCAGGAAGCUAAGCAACGCUGUCAAUCAGAGCUGUUACUAACACUAACGGGAUCGAUCACGGAGAAAACAGCCGCCCGAUGAGUCUGAUAUGAAUGUUUAUAUCCUGAUUCAGGGGCAACAAAGUGAAACACCAGGAAUCAUGUAGAACGGUUAAUACGAACAUUUUAAGACAAAAAUGACAAGUCUGACAGCAGCUGUUAUAGAGAGAGGGAACUGGAGCCAGAGUUGAUGGAGCCAGAAGUGCACCCAUGCUCACUUCCUGUUUGGAACGUGGCAGCGUCAGCUAUGUCCAUUUAUAUAUCCAUUCUCUGGGCAUAGCGGAUCUGGCAGUACAUGAGCAUGGAGAAGACCAGAGCCAUGAUCUGCAAAAGACAAAGACAUGGUUACACUUGGGAGGGACAUGUGUGAGGGACAUGUGCGAGGGACGUGUGUGAGGGACAUGUGUGAGGGACAUGUGUGAGGGACGUGUGCUAUUGUGCACCUUUUGUUUCUAGGACGAUACUGUACAACUAAUAUUUACUACACUUUUGACACACUAUUUUCAGUGCAUUUUGGCCUUUUUCUAGUGUGCUGCUCGUCUCCAUGGAGAUCUUAUCAUAACUGAAUUACGUUUUUCUAAAAUAAUACAUAUUUAUUACUGUGAGCAGGGUUGCCUCUCCACAGAUCUGACCUAUAACCUGGCCUGCUGGCAUCGCCUACUUGUCUCCAUGGCCAGUAAGUGAAACAUUAGUUACAGAGUUACAGAGACACAUGUACAUGGACUUAACAAAGACUAAACAAAAAAACAAAUAAUAUAACUCGCUUUAAACCUUUUCUUUUUACAUUUUACUUUCAGAAUACAGCAAACUUCUGUCACAAUGAGAUAUUGCAGUAUUGGUGUUUAAGUGAUAUUUUGUGCAGCCCUGUGUUCUGUGGUUAACAUGUCUACUGUGGAUGAAGUGUACUGCUGUGUAUAGGACUGGAUGUACUCUCUGAUCUGAAUGUGUCUGAGAGCAGAAGACCUGGCACCAGAACAAUGUCUAGUACCAGAAGAACUAUAACUACCUUUUGAGCUCCAGUUUUUAAAUUGUGUGUACAGUUUCUUUGUAAUAAUGAGGAGGUUUUUUUUUUGGUUUUUUUUUGCCAUUUUUAUGUAAUAAAGUAAGAUUUGACCUGUAGAGGACAGAAUAAAUAACCUCUAUUGUUAAUUAUUUUCUUAUUUUGUUGUGUAUUUGCUCUAGCUCAUAGCUUCUGAAGGAGGAGGAAUCUAUAUUACAAGAGCCUAAUAUGAGUAAUAUUAGGCAAUUUUCUGAUCUGACUGUUACACACCUGGAGUUGUGUUUUGUUUCAUUCACACAUGUUUAACACACAAACCCUGCACAUUUAGACUGAGUUUUUCUCUCAAACAGAAAACACCCUGUUGUGUUUUCCUGUGAUGUCAUGUGGUAAUACAGGAAGUGCUCCACUGUGUUUUUAAACUCCAUACACCUUCACUCGAAUCAUUUGGAUCAUUUCAGCCCUGGAAUUGUCAAUCUCUACUGAACUAACUGUAAAAGGAGCUGUUCACUUGAAAACUACCACUUCAUGACAUCACAAGGUGGAACAGAGCAUUUGGAGCUUUAGAGAUGUAGAAUAAAAAUGUGAGUGAAUAAAACAAAACACAACUCCAGGUGUGUUUUUGAGGAGGGAACAGCAUUAGAACAUGUCUUUUUACAUAAUAUAGGAUGUUUAAAAAUGUGUUUGCUGGAAUGACCCUGCUUUGUGUCAGUGGCACAAAGGAGUUUCAAUAAUAUCAUUUUGCAUAAUAUUUCUGUUUAGAGAUGUAUCAACCUUCAGCUUUUGUUAUGGUGACAGGCCUAGUACACAGUGAGUCUGCACCUCCUCAUGUUGCCAAAUAAAUAAACCUGUGAUUUUCUUA